AUGACAACUGUCCCAACUCGUCAAAACGAAAGUAGACGAGAUCUGUCACGACAAGCUGCUUUCUCGUUCCUCUCUAAUAUUAGCCUGGGAACUGAAUCUACUCUCUCCGAGAAGACUAACAACAAGAAAAUUAGUGCAAGCGGAAACAGCGCAACCAAUCGAUUAUAUAAUGCUGGACAAUAUCAAAGCACUGAACGAGGAAAGGGCAGUGGUCAUAUUGGCGAGAAUAGGACAAAUGAGCAGGAUAGUACGAGCAGAGAUGAAAGUAUUGGAACGGCUAAAGCGAUUAGUCAAAUUGCAGUGGAUAAAGAAAUUUAUGCUGAUCAAGGAGCAUCCGACAUGAGGGAAGGUGAUGACCCUAGUAUAAAGGAUCAAAAGAAUGAAAAGGGUAAAAGCGUAAUAGCCCAUGGAAAAGAUACUGAAACUGAAUGUGAAACAUUAACAUCUUUAACAGAAACAGAGACUUACCAGAAAGGUUCAGACUAUUCUUCCGCCUCGGUAUCACCAACUCCUUCUCCACCCAACGGUUCAUUUAACCAGCCGUCAAGUCGAAUAGCUCAAGUACAUGGCGAUGUUGUUGAUCAAUUCGACUUGGAAGAAGAUAGCCUUUAUGACGAUAAUUCGUGUUGGUCGCCCAACAAUGCAUCGCCUACAGGCGCCGGGAAGUUUUCUCUUCUGAAAGGAACAGACGAAAAGAAGAUGCGUCGAGAAAAGUCGGGAAAGGCAGCAUCAUAUGUACAUUUGCUAGUGCCUGGUAAUGAGCGAGAUUCACACGAGAAGGAAAUCGAGUAUAAUCCUGUACUACUCGAUGAUCCCACGCUGAAAAUGGGAAGACGACGUCGUAUGAUCAGUCUCCUCCCCUUUAUGGGAUCAAAUACUCAAUACACUCGAUCGUCGGAGCAGAAACGCGAAGCAAACGAGAAAUUUCGUAAACAACAUCCUAAUUUAGAUCCAACGAUGUCUUUAAGUAAAAUUAGAACUGUUAAAGAAAAACUAUUAUUGGCUGCUAGAAAUGAGAGUCUGGGUUUAGAUUUAGAACUGUCAACUGUCGCAAUGACUUAUGCUUAUUUUGAGAAAUUAGUCUUAAAGAAUGCUGUUAAUAAAGCAAACCGAAGGCUUAUGGCUGGCAUUUGCCUAUUUCUCGCAAGUAAGGUAAAUGAACCACGAGGAAUGACAUUUGGACCACUGUUACAGUCAAUUGACAAAUAUUUCGAUGUCGAUGAGAAAGAUAUAAAAGAGCAUGAAUUUUCAGUGUUUGUUGGCCUGGGUUUUCAACUAUAUCUACCACACGGAGAAUUCAUGCCACAUUUUGAUCGAAUAUUUCAGUCAUUAGGCAAGUAG